AUGUCGACCCUUGUCCCCCCACCUAGUAAGCGCCAGAAGCUUGCCGUAGCCGAAAAGGCGCGGGAGCAACAGGAGAUUGAUCGUAUCCCCAGCGAUCUCGGCAGCGUCCGUGUGCAAUUCUUUGACCAGGCCACCGGCAAUGCUACCGGGCCUGCGGUCUCAGUUCCUGUGGCCGAUGCGAACAUCAAGAACUUGGAGACACUGUUAAACACAUUGCAAGGAAAUGAGGAUGAUGAACGAGUUCCGUAUCGCUUCACCCACCACCCCGAGAAACAAGAAGGACAGACCAUUGACAUCCUCUCGGACUUGUACCAUUCGCUUCUUCAACCCGGCGUCAAGACUACCGAAGAUACAAUUUCUCUAUUCUUUACCCCUCAAGCCGUAUUUCGGGUUAAGGCUGUUUCCCGCUGUGCAGCCUCCAUUGCCGGCCAUGGCGAAGCCAUUCUCGCAACCUCCUUCUCCCCCGUCUCUUCUUCAACAAUGGUCUCCGGAAGUGGUGACUCGACCGCCCGAGUCUGGGAUUGUGACACUGGAACUCCUCUUCACACACUGAAGGGUCACACCAGUUGGGUGUUGGCCGUGGCGUACUCGCCCAAUGGCGCCAUGAUCGCGACCGGUAGCAUGGACAACACAGUGCGUCUGUGGGAUGCGAAGAAGGGACAGCCACUCGGCGGCUCGCUUAAGGGUCACUCUAAGUGGAUUACCAGUCUGGCUUGGGAGCCGUACCAUGUGCAGGAGUCUGGGCGACCCCUUCUGGCCUCGGCGUCGAAGGACUCAACCGUUCGCAUUUGGGAUGUUGUCUCUAAGCGCAUUGAUAAGGUUCUGACUGGACACAAGGGAUCGGUCACCUGUGUGCGAUGGGGUGGUACCGGUAAGAUCUAUACUUCAUCGCACGAUAAGACUAUCAAGGUCUGGAAUGCGAAGGAGGGCACGAUUAUUCAGACUUUGUCGGCGCAUGCCCACCGCGUUAACCACCUUGCUCUUUCAACCGACUUUGCCUUGCGCGUUUCUUACCACAACCACACUGGCAAGGUUCCUGCGACAGAAGCCGAGAAGAUUGCCGCCGCGAAGAAACGAUUCGAGGAGGCGGCGAUUGUAAACAACAAGAUUGUUGAGCGCCUGGUGUCAGCCAGUGAUGAUUUCACUAUGUACCUUUGGGACCCGGCUAGCUCAAGCAAGCCUGUCGCUCGUCUCUUGGGUCACCAGAAGGAGGUUAACCACGUUACUUUCUCCCCGGAUAUGGCAUACAUCGCCUCCGCUGGAUUUGAUAACCAUGUCAAGCUGUGGAAUGGACGUGAUGGAAAAUUCAUCACCACCUUCCGUGGUCACGUUGGCGCUGUUUACCAGUGCUGCUUCUCCGCAGACUCGCGACUUCUCGUGUCCUCAUCCAAGGACACAACCCUCAAAGUGUGGGAUGUGCGCUCGGGUAAGCUGUCGGUGGAUCUCCCGGGUCACCAGGACGAGGUAUUUGCUGUUGACUGGAGUCCCGAUGGACAGAAGGUCGGCAGUGGUGGCAAGGACAAAGCGAUUCGGAUUUGGCGGAACUAG